AUGGUAAAACUUCGUUUAAAACGAUGUGGUAGAAAGCAACGUGCGAUUUAUCGAAUCGUUGCAAUUGAUGUUCGAUCCCGAAGAGAAGGAAGAGAUCUUCGGAAGGUGGGGUUUUAUGAUCCGAUAACUAAUCAAACUUAUUUAAAUCUUCCUGCUAUUCUCGAUUUCCUUAAAAAGGGCGCUCAACCAACAAGAACAGUUCAUGAUAUUUCAAAGAAGGCAGGGAUUUUUACGGAAUUAAGUCUUAAUAAAACGAAAUUGAAUUAA